AUGAUAGUGACGCUCGACGACUAUCGCCGUGUCGCUGAUUCUAGCGCCAGGCCCAGCGACAAUGAGCCACCAAAGGCAGACGAACACAGAUUCACUGUGGCCAGGGCUGGGCAACUCAAACUGAAGUUGCAAGCGCUGAACCAUACGCUUACGCGCACUCCGCCUGCCCAGCAUCGCCAACUGCAGUUUGACGAGAUAGUCAGGAGUACCACAUCUCGCACCUACGUCGACGGAUCAGAGGAAGUGUACUUUAUGGUCAAGAACCUGCCGUGGCCGGAAGACAUUCCUGUUGUCUUUAUCCAAGCAUAUAGUGAAGUGUUACUUUCACGGCCGUUCACGAACGCCUAUAUCCGCAAACAGUUCCACACGCAUCAUCACCCCAGGACAAUUGCUGAAAGGUUUGCUCCAACGUUCUCUGACAUACGGACCAUGCUGCCUGGACUUGACGUUGUAUGUGACACUAUGCUCGAUGUGUUCUUUCGAGAUGCAGAGCAGAAAGCUCAGUAUUUCCCACUGUACAGGCUGCCCACUGAGCUGCGCCUCCAAAUAUACGACUAUCUUUUACCACACUCGGUCUAUCUCCCCAUGCACUCGCGAAAGUUUCCAAGGGAUGGGACGCUGCCAGAACGCUUGGGAAUCAUGCGUGUCAGCAAAACAAUACACGAUGAAGUCGCCCAACACUGUUUUGAUCAGCACAUCCUUCUUUUCAAGGCCUGUAGAGAUGCACGGCACCAUGCCACAAGGGAGUGCUUCACCACAGAGACAACAGAAGACUACGCGGAGCGCAUCACGAGCAUCAGCCAGAGCGUCAAGAACAAACUGACACGACUCGAGAUCCAAAUUCUGCCCACCGAAGAAUCCAGUCAGCAGUCGCUCCGUGAUUCCCACCCGUUAGCAGACAAAGUAUCCCUGCGCCGCAUCUGCGACGCCUUGCCAAACCUCGAGUCCAUCCUCUUCUCGUACGCAAAGUCAGAUUGGACGCGCGCUGGAGUAUUUCACACCAUGUGGGGAACAAAGCACUACCAAAAGGGCGGUCCAAUCAACGACAAUCGAAAAGUCACGCUCGAAUGGAUCCGCGCGCAGCUCUGGUUGCCUGUGGGGGGCCCGCGGAUCCUGUGGGAUCUAACCUAUUUCCGUGACUCUGUUCAAGACGCAAAGCAGCUGAGAAAAGAAAUUAUGGCAGAGCGGAUGAUGCGGGAGCUGAUGGAGAGGAACGGCCGCCUCGAGCUGGCGCAGAGCGCGACUGCAACCCGGGAGGAUUUGCAGCGAGGGUCGGAGAUUGGAAACGUUGUUCUUGAGGCUGUCAAAUAG